AUGGCUCAAGACACCGAUGCUCCCAAGGCGGUAGACAAGGGGAAGGGAAAGGCCGUGGAUGAUUCCAAAGAUGAGAAGAAGCCUAUUUUGAACGGCAAGAAAGAAGAUGACAAGAAGGAUGCCGUCGAGGAGGAGUUGAGUGAGGAGGACCAGCAGCUCCAAAGCGAACUAGAAAUGAUAGUGGAGCGAUUAACAGAAUCGAACACAGAACUCUACAAGACAGCACUAGAGGCAAUGAAGACUUCGAUCAAAACUUCGACGUCAUCAAUGACAGCAGUGCCAAAGCCUCUGAAGUUCUUACGACCACACUAUGAGACCUUGUCCAAAUUGUACGCGGAAUGGCCUGCCGGCGGGAACAAGACAUCGCUGGCUGAUGUGCUAUCUGUGAUUGGCAUGACCUUCUCCGACGAGGACACGCAGGAUACACUCAAAUAUCGCCUUCUCGCUCCAACUUCUGAUAUUAGCUCUUGGGGACAUGAAUAUGUGCGACAUUUGGCUUUGGAGAUCGGCGAGGUCUAUGGAAAACGAAUUACUGCUGACGAGUCCACCUCGGACCUGAUCGACCUUGCUCUCAUUCUGGUGCCGCUCUUCAUCAAGAGCAAUGCGGAGGCCGAUGCUGUCGAUCUUAUGAGUGAACUUGAAAUCAUUGAGCAGAUUGCGAAAUUCGUUGAUGAGAACACCUACGCCAGAGUCUGCUUGUACAUGGUCAGCAUGGUGAAUCUACUCACCUACCCAGACAACGAGACUUUCCUCCGAACCGCCCACAACAUAUAUAUGGAGUACAAACAGCUUACUCAGGCUAUCGUUCUCGCUAUUCGAUUGCGCGAUGUCGAUCUAAUCAAGUCCGAUUUCGAUAAAGCCGAGGACCCAACCCUGAAGAAGCAGCUAGCCUUCCUUGUCGCGCGUCAAAGAAUCGUAUUGGAUCUACCUGAAGACAACGAGAAUGAGCAGGUCAUCUUGGAAUGCGCCUCAAAUCUUAAGCUCUCGGAACACUUCAAGUCUCUCGGCAAAGAGUUGAAUAUUUUGGAUCCCAAAAGUACUGAAGAUAUCUACAAGAGCCACCUUGAAAGCAGUCGGGUAGCUGGCAUGACUAAUCUUGAUUCGGCCAGACACAACCUGGCUGCUGCAUUCGUCAACGCAUUUGUCAAUGCUGGCUUUGGUAAUGACAAGAUGAUGUUGAUAGAGGGCGAAAAGGAGAGUUGGGUGUGGAAGACCAAGGCUGAUGGUAUGAUGUCGACGGUCGCUUCUAUGGGCACUUUGUUGCUUUGGGACAUCGAGAAUGGCCUGGACAAGAUCGACAAGUAUACAUACUCUGCUGAACCUGAAAUUUCGGCUGGAGCUAUGCUGGCCAUUGGUAUCAUGAACUCGGGUGUUCGGAUAGACUCAGAGCCUGCGCUGGCUCUGCUAGGAGAUGCUGAGAAGUUGCACCAUUCAAACCCCUUGAUCCGAACCGCCUGCAUCAUGGGCUUGGGCUUGUCAUACGCCGGCUCGAACAAGGAGGACUUGCUCGAGCUUCUGUUGCCGAUUAUUGGCGAUUCAUCACAAGACAUGCAAAUUUCUGCCAUGGCAGCUCUGUCGUGCGGCCUGAUCUUUGUGGGCUCAUCCCACCCUGAGGUUACCGAAGCUAUUAUUGCGACGUUGAUGGAUGACGAACGAAAGAACCAGCUGACAGACAAGUGGACUCGAUUCCUCGCUCUCGGCUUGGGGUUGCUCUACUUCGGCAGACAAGAGGAUGUGGACGUGAUUCUGGAGACUUUGAAGGCGGUAGAACACCCCAUGGCCAAGCCGACGGCUGUUCUGGCAGAGAUUUGUGCAUGGGCAGGCACUGGAGCAGUGCUCAAGAUCCAGGAGCUGCUGCAUAUUUGCAACGAGCACAAGGAAGAGUCGGAUGACAAGAAAGGCGAUGAGCUGCUGCAAGCGUAUGCCGUCAUUGGUAUUGCGUUGGUGGCCAUGGGAGAGGACAUUGGCCAGGAAAUGGUUCUGAGACAGUUCGGCCAUCUCAUGCACUAUGGCGAGGCAAACAUUCGAAAGGCCGUCCCGUUGGCCAUGGGUCUUAUCAGUCCAAGUAACCCGCAAAUGAAGGUCUACGAUACACUCUCAAGAUACAGCCAUGACAACGACCCGGAGGUUGCCAUCAACGCAAUAUUUGCCAUGGGGAUGCUCGGCGCAGGAACCAACAAUGCCCGAUUGGCACAGCUUCUCAGACAACUGGCAAGCUACUACCACCGCGACCAGGAUGCUCUUUUCAUGGUCCGAAUUGCUCAGGGCCUACUGCACAUGGGCAAGGGCACACUGUCCAUCAACCCCUUCCACACCGACCGCCAGGUCCUUUCGCAGGUCUCUACCGCAGGGCUGCUAGCCACAAUGAUCGCCCUGAUCGACCCCAAAGAGUUCAUCACGGCCGGCUCCCACUACCUGCUCUACUUCCUCGUCACUGCUAUGCACCCUCGUUUCUUGGUCACUCUGGACGAGCAGCUUAAGCCUCUCAAGGUCAACGUGCGUGUCGGUCAGGCCGUAGAUGUUGUCGGACAAGCUGGUCGUCCCAAGACCAUUACUGGAUGGCAGACACAAAGCACACCCGUCCUGUUGGGCUACGGAGAGCGGGCGGAGCUCGAGGACGAGGAGUACAUCAGCUUGAACGGUACUCUAGAGGGCUUGGUAAUUCUACGAAAGAACCCUGAGUGGGAAGAUGGACAAUAA